AAAAAAUUAAUAAUAAUUUGUGUUUAAUAAUUUAAUUUUAAUAUGGAAUUAAAUCAUGUGAUAACGGAUAAUGGCGGUGAUCCUAACCAAUUUCAGAAACAACCUGUGGAAACAGUAACCAGUCCACAACCCCACACAAAAGAAAGAUCCAAACCGAACUUAUUAUACGCAAUAAAUGAUAAUCCACCAUGGUAUCUCAGCAUAUUUCUAGCACUACAGCACUAUUUAACAAUGAUUGGAGCCAUUGUUUCAAUACCUUUCAUAUUAACACCAGCGCUGUGCAUGUCCGAUGAGGAUCCAAAUCGUGGUGUUAUUAUCUCCACAAUGAUAUUCGUUACCGGUAUAGUUACAUAUAUACAAGCAACAUGGGGUGUACGUCUGCCUAUAGUGCAAGGUGGCACUAUUUCAUUUUUGGUGCCAACAUUAGCUAUACUGGCAUUACCGCAAUGGAAAUGCCCACCAGAUGAUGAAUUUAAUGCAAUGGAUGAGGGUGAACGUAAUGAACUUUGGCAAAUACGUAUGCGCGAAUUAUCGGGUGCUAUAGCUGUAUCAGCUAUGGUGCAAGUUAUAUUGGGUUAUACGGGUCUUGUUGGAAAAAUUCUACGCUUUGUUACACCGUUAACAAUUGUACCAACAGUUUCUUUAGUAGGAUUAACAUUAUUCGAACAUGCAGCUGAAACGGCGUCCAAGCAUUGGGGAAUUGCUGUGGGUACAACAGCUAUGUUGACUUUAUUUUCGCAAGUAAUGGCAAAUGUUACAGUACCGUUUCCGGUUUAUAGAAAGGGACAUGGUAUUGAAAUACGAAAAUUCUUACUCUUCCGCCUAUUUCCGGUGUUGUUAACAAUUGGUAUUAUGUGGGGACUUUGUGGCAUUUUAACGCUUACAAAUGUCUUUGAAGAGGGGCACCCCUCACGUACUGAUGUUCGUUUAAAAGUAUUAACGAACGCAAAAUGGUUUUAUGUACCUUAUCCCGGUCAAUUUGGUUUACCUUCAGUUACUCUAUCUGGUGUUUUGGGUAUGUUAGCUGGCGUUUUAGCAUGUACAGUUGAAUCUAUCAGUUAUUAUCCAACCGUGUCACAAAUGGCGGGUGCCCAAUCACCACCAUUGCAUGCUAUAAACCGUGGAAUUGGUACAGAAGGUUUGGGUACUGUGUUAGCAGGUCUUUGGGGCGCUGGUAAUGGUACUAAUACUUUCGGCGAGAACGUUGGAGCAAUAGGUGUAACUAAGGUUGGCUCACGUCGUGUUAUACAAUGGGCUGCCCUCAUUAUGUUACUGCAAGGUGUUAUAGGAAAGCUCGGUGCUAUAUUCAUUAUGAUACCGGACUCUGUUGUGGGUGGCAUAUUUUGCGUUAUGUUUGGUAUGAUUGUGGCUUUUGGAUUGUCGACAUUACAAUAUGUUGAUUUGCGUUCAGCGCGUAAUUUAUACAUUUUGGGUUUAUCUAUGUUUUUCCCCAUGGUGUUGUGCAGGUGGAUGCAACAGCAUCCUGGUGCUAUAAAAACUGGAAAUGACACUUUGGAUUCAACUUUAUCUGUAUUGUUAGGUACAACUAUAUUAGUUGGUGGCUUAUUAGGUUGUUUUCUCGAUAAUAUUAUACCAGGUACUGCCGAAGAAAGGGGUCUUAUUGAGUGGGCGAAUGAAAUGCCUUUGGGUGAUGAUAAUAUUAAUGAUGGUACUGCUACCGAUUUUGAUUUUCCAGCGGGUAUGGAAACUCUGAGAAAUUGGAAAUGGACUUACUAUGUACCAUUUCUACCUACAUAUAAGUUGCAGAAACAAAGUUAGCUUUAGAAAUACUUUUCCUAAAUGAUGU